AUGGAGUCAACCAACAAUGAAAUAGCCCAUGAAUUCCACUUCUUCCGGGUCUACAAAGAUGGCCGAGUUGAAAAUUUCGAAUGGACUCAAAAUCAAAAGAUCCCACCUUCCGAUGAUCCAAUCACUGGGGUCCAAUCCAAAGACGUAGUUAUUUCAACUGAACCCUCCAUCUUUGCCCGAAUUUUCUUAACCAAGAUCCAUGACCCGACCCAGAAACUCCCUUUACUCUUCUACAUCCAUGGUGGUGAAUUUUGCUUCGAGUUUGCCUUCUCUCCACUUUACCAUAACCACCUCAUCUCAUUGGCUUCUAAAGCCAAUGCCAUAGCAAUCUCAAUUGAAUAUGGGCUUUUUUCGGAGCGACCCAUACCUGCUUGUUACGAGGACUCAUGGGCGGGGCUCCAAUGGGUUGCAUCUCAUGUUAAUAGAAAUGGGAUAGAGUCAUGGUUGAACGAGUACGCUGAUUUUAAUCGGGUCUUCAUUGGUGGGGAUAGUGGUGGAGGGAAUGUUGCUCAUACUUUGGCAGUUUGGGUUGGGUCAAUUCGGUUAGCGGGUAUUAAGGUUGUUGGGUUGAUUUUGAUACAUCCAUUGUUUGGUGGAAUGGAGGAUAAUCAAAUGUGGUUGUACAUGUGUCCAACAAAUGGUGGGUUGGAGGAUCCUAGGUUGAAGCCUCCACAAGAGGAUUUGGUAAAGCUUGGGUGUGAGAGGGUUUUGAUAAUUUUUGCUCAGAAGGACCAUUUAAGAGGUGUGGGUGAGUGUUACUAUAAGGAAUUAAAGAAGCGUGGGUGGCUUGGAACUAUGGAGGUUGUGGAGCAUGAAGGAAAGGGUCAUAUAUUCCAUUUGAUGAAGCCAGAUUGUGAGAAGGCUGUUGAUUUAGUCAACAAAUUUGUUUCCUUUAUCAACCAGCAAUAA